AUGGAUGCCAAUUUCAUCCCAAGCAACCAGUCGGCCGCUCUGGAGGGGGUUCUGAUAGACAGGGACAGAAAAGAGAUGCUUCCCAAUUACUUCCUGGAGAAACUUUUGGUGCUCGACAAAAGCAACCAGUCUCUGCACGAGUUGCUGAAGUAUUUUGACGGGGACGAGCAAGGCAUCAUUGGGAGUGGUUCCCCCGCCAUGCGGAUCACCAUCUCCAUCGUUUACUCCAUGGUGUGCGCCUUGGGGCUGGUGGGCAACGUGCUGGUUCUUUACCUGAUGAAGAGCAGGCAAGAAUGGAAGAAGUCCUCCAUCAACCUGUUCGUGACUAGCUUGGCAGUGACGGAUUUCCAGUUCGUCUUGACUCUUCCAUUCUGGGCAGUGGAUACUGCCCUGGACUUCAGCUGGCCCUUUGGAAAAACAAUGUGCAAGAUUGUCACCUCGGUCACCACAAUGAAUAUGUACGCCAGCGUUUUUUUCCUGACCGCUAUGAGCAUUGCUAGAUACUGGUCAGUGGCGUCGGCACUGAAGCCAAGGAGGAGAUUUUCCGGAUGCUCCGCUAAGUGGAUCAGUGUCCUGAUCUGGAUUUCGGCGAUCUUGGCUAUCACACCCCAAGCGGUAUUUUCCACAACCAAGACGUUCUUUAACGAAGAGUUCUGCUUGCUUAAGUUUCCGGAACAUAACGGCUCCACACAGUUCUGGCUUGGCGUGUACCACAUUCAAAAGAUCUUGCUCGGUUUCGUUGUCCCAUUUAUCGUUAUCACCGUCUGCUACCUGCUCCUUCUCCGUUACGUAACCAAGAAGAACAUCGGCAGCUCCAGCACCAAGAGAUCGAAAGUGACCAAGUCGGUCAAGAUCGUUGUCCUUUCCUUCUUCAUCUGCUGGCUUCCUAAUCAAGCCUUGACCUUUUGGGGUGUUCUGAUCAAGCUCAACGUCCUUCACUUCAGCAACGAAUACUACAACACGCAUUCCUACAUCUUCCCCAUCACCAUCUGCCUGGCUCACACCAACAGCUGCUUGAACCCUGUUUUGUACUGCCUGAUGAGGAGAGAGUUUAGGAAGGCGUUGAAGGGCAUGUUUUGGAGGGUGACCUCGCCGACCAUUAUAAACAUGCGUCCUUUCACAGCCACCGCCAAGCCAGAGCAAGAAGAUCAGAGACAUGUCAUAAUUCCAAUAAACUCGGUGCCGCCAGAGAUUUCGUACUACCCGCCAGGGGUUGUAAUGCAUAAUAGUCAAUAUGACAUCUUGCCAGCCAGCUCUGCGGAGCGCCGAUAUUAG